GGUUUUUCGAUGGGUUCUGUUUUCAGUUAAAGUCCAUCUUUUUCUUUUUCUUUUUAUCUGCCCCUGGACGCUGGUUCUGUUUUACUUUAGUUCCCACCUUUAUGGAUCGAAUAUCUUACUAUAUCGCUUUGAUUUCUUCAACUCCACCAGCAAAAAAUAUGAUAAAUAGGAUAACCUGUAAUAGAUCUGGUUUUAAAUAUCGAAAACCAGCAGAAAACAUCGGAAACAAUUUUGUUUUUGAUUCAUUGUUAUGUUAAAUGAGUGAAAUAUAAGUAAUUCAAAAAAAUUGA